GACAGGAGACACGACACACCUGAGUACAGCACACACGCUCCACACCAGUGUCUACACAACGUCACUACCUGUGCGAUGUUGUUAUCUAUGGAAAUACCGGGGUAGCCGUAAUGGAGGCCGAGUAAAUCUCUAACCGUCCUGAAGUGACAGACACCCGAGGACGGAUGGACCGACUGGUGGACGUACCUGGUCGGAAAAUAAUUCGAGGAUGUUUACCUGUAUUUGUCAUACAGCUGUUCGCCAUUCUGUCAUGUGGACCGAGGGUGGAGGCGGAGUGUGUUAUCAGAUUGUACUACAAUCUUAGUGCUGAAGUACCGAGCUAUGUCGACCAGACCUGUGAGAUAGCGUGCUGUGGUCACUAUCCUAACGUGUACUGCUGCGACCAGUGUGAUUCUACAUUCCGGAAUGCGGACGGACAUCUAGGAAGUGGUGCCGUGACUGGCAUUGUACUCGGGCAUUCUGAUUGGACUUGUCAUCUUGUUUGUGAUAUUUGUGUACGUAUACGGACGAUGGCGACGGGACAAGGACCCCGUUGGCCGGGCAAUGUAUCGACUAUACAGGAUGUCAACUCGACGUCGUCGUCGCCCAAAGCCCCAGACAGGACAGGAUGGCCAGACAUCACCUAAUGGACCCUCCACCAUCCAAGUGCCAAACGGGGGUACACAGAAUCGAGCGUUCAGCGAUGACCAAGGAAACUACCCCAGAUCCAGGCGCCGCACCCCUAGGACUACAGAAACGCCUAUGACCGAGGAACAAUUGUCAAAGCCACCCCGACCCGGUCACCUUGUUCCUAGACGAACAGACAAAAAUCCUACUCCCUCAAGCGAGGGAACAGUACAAGGAAACCCACCUCCCAAAUAUGGAAAACUCGAUCCUCCCCAAUCCCAAAGUUACAAAGAUUCCACACCAUCCGCUCCACCACUUGAAUUGAACACUUUUAGACUAGAAAAUCAGUCAAAUACCAACUAUAAACAUCUCCCUCAGAGUGGCGGUGCUCAAGGAUAUGACAACACUAAACCAUAUAUUAGUCAUAACGAUAAACAAUACGAGGCGUUAGGUAAAAGACAAGAUGAGCAUCCGUACACAACCCCUCAAAAUGGUAACCAGCGUGAUCGGUAUGGCAUGCAGAGGGACAGAGGAGAUAGAGAGAAACUCCCAUCUGAAUCGAGACUAGGUCCGCCAGCUAAACCUCACCAAUAUGGCGGAGAAAGUAAAACGUCACAUCCGCUAGACGGACAUAUACAGCAACCGCCAAGUAGAAAUUUACCAUAUCAAUCUGACAAGCAAACAUCAAAACCACCUAACAGAUAUACAUCACAGCCACCCCAUUCAUCGGACAAAAAUACCGCGCAUCAACAAGACAGACAAACAUCGCACCCGCCAAACAGAGAUACGUCAUAUCCGUCUCAACCAACUAACAGAAAUACGUCAUAUCCGUCCGACAGACACACGUCACAUUCGUCAGACAAACAAGCAGCAUAUCAAAAUGUAAACAACGAUACCCAAUAUAGGAGAGAACCCCGUCCUACUUAUCCCCCUACAAACGAGGGUAGGGGCGGCCCGGGAUAUCCUACCUACAGUUCAACUCCGGAGAGGGGUGGUGCAUCCCGACAGCCUCAGUACAAAGACAUGCCAAUUGGACAAAGGCCGGGAUUAUCGGCCGGCAGACGAUAAUCGUGGCGUUAUUUUAGGUAAUUCUGGCGGACCAAGACAGUCACAGAUAUGACCGACUUUGUUAGCAACACCUACACAAUUUGUUUAUUGUUAUUCUCAAAACAACGACGUGUGGGACUACUUUCCUUACACGAAACCAGUCGGAUCACCACUUGUCCAUGGUUUCAAUAACACGUACCUCGAUCUUAUUGAAGGACAUUCAAUAUAAUCAUUGUGUUUGUUUUCGCGUCACCACGUUACCUAUGACGGCUGAUGUAUUUUGUGUUUUCGCUAUCAGGAGAACAUAUUGAGUGUUUUUCAGAAUUCUUUAUCUCCGAGGAAGCUAACCUAGGAAGACUAUAAAGAAACCUCAAAAUCAACCAUUGGUGCCAUUAUAAGAGUAAUGGGGUUUGUUAAAAAAAUAACAUAUUCGUGUGGGUAAAAUUCUCUUUGUUAUGUACAACUGAGAGUUAUGGAAUGAACAGAUCACUAUCCGUGGUACACAUUAAAAGAAAAUGUGUAGACUUCGAAGAAAGUUGAGGCGUUCCACGACAUGCCUGUCUAUAAAUAGUUACAUUUAAUCGUUAGUAUCGCUUCAUUAUCAUUAUCAUCAUCAAUAAAACAUGUUAAGCUUUAACGACAUAUUGUUUUCUGCAGGAUCCUCAUGUAUUCACACUGUACUCCAUACUGCUAGAUUUUUACGCUCAAUAUAAAAUGUAAUAUAUAAGUAUGAUAUUUAUCACUAGAUAUAUUUUUACAUAUGAUUGAUAAUAAAAACAGUCUUAAUUUGCG